UGCAGGAUCACGGAACGGGCAAGUCUGGACUAUUGUCCUGGAGCGAGUAACAUUGCUGCUACUAUAUCGAUUUAUAUGAGGCUCAAAACGACACUGUAACGUUUUUGCAGAAGAAGGAAAAACGCUACCUGGAUGCUGAUGGGCGCACGAGACAGUCAGUGCUCUACUCACCUGUGAGUGAAGCUGGUCUUGGGGAGAGGAUUGUUAUUAUUAUGCUUCAGCUGAACUGACAGAGUUCUGCACUUUUUACAGAGUAAAGAUGUGGCCUUGGACUUUGGUGGCUGUGGUGUUGCUGUUCCUAACAAACAGAUCUACAGCUCAAGACAGGUGCGAUAAUGUGGGCGCGGCGGAUAUCGUGUUCCUGGUGGACGGGUCAUCCAGUAUCGGACGUACCAACUUUGCUCUUGUGAGGAGUUUCAUGGCAGGGAUCAUCAGACCCUAUGCCAGUGCAGUGGGAGCCACUGGAGUCCGGGUCGGAGCCGUGCAGUACAGCGACACAGCCAGGGUGGAAUUUACAUUCGCCACGUAUCUAAGCGGCACGGAGCUGCUGAGCGCCAUCGAGAACCUCAACUAUAAAGGAGGAAACACUCGCACCGGAGCUGGGCUCAAAUACAUCGCAGAUAAUUUCUUCAACCCCAGAACCACCAGAGACGUGCCCAAGCUUGCGAUUCUGAUCACAGAUGGUAAAUCUCAGGACAAUGUUCAGGAACCUGCUGAGAAACUGCGCAGAUUAGGAGUCAAGAUAUUUGCCGUGGGUAUAAAGAGUGCAGAUCAGAGAGAACUGGAGAUCAUCUCAUCACCUCCUCAAAGUGAAUUUACUUCCUUCAUUGAGAAGUUUACGGAUCUCAGCUCUCUCUUGCCCACGCUGUCUCCUCGGGUCUGUUCGGCAUCCGGCGGCUCCUAUUCGAGUGACGAUUCCUUCAGCGCCCCGACCAACCUGACGUUUACAGAGGAGACCUCUAAUUCGCUUCGGUUCAGGUGGACAGCUGCAGGAGGGCGUGUAAAAAGUUAUCUGGUCCAGUACACUCCACUGUCUGGUGUGGGGCAGCCCUUAUCUGCUGAGCUGCGACAGGAGACGGUGCCAGCCAGUCAGAAGACCUACUUGGCACAAGAUCUUCACUCGGGCACAGAAUACUUAGUGACGGUUAGCGCCCAGUACCCUGACAGAGUGGGCGAGUCUGUGUCUGCCAAAGCUCGAACUAGGUCUGUGAAGGAAGUGCUCAGGAUGAGGCUGGUACAGGCAGGGUUCUUUACUUUAGCUCUGGCAUGGGACCCUCUUUCUGGCACCAUACAGGGCUACAGGAUGACAUAUGGACCUCGAGGUGAGCCUGCGCACUUGCUGUGGGACAAGUUUAUUGAGCCCGGGGCAACUUCUGUCACUCUGGACGGUCUAAAGGCGGACACAGAAUACGUUAUCUCUCUGACUCCUCUGUUACCUAGUAACGAUAUUGCACGCACUGAGAUCACGGCCAGCACACUGCGUCUACAAGGAGUCCAACAGCUCUCUGUGGUCACAAGCUCAAACAGCAGCGUUGACGUGCGAUGGAAAGGAGUGAAUGGUGCCAGAGGAUACAGGCUGGUCUGGGGCCCGUUUGUGGGCACUGCUGUAGACACUGUAGAGGUGAGCGGUGACAGUGAGGCUCACACUCUGGUGAAUCUGCGACCAGACACUGAGUACAUCGUCACAGUCAUUGCUCUGUAUAAUGGAGAAACAGAAGGACCCCCUGCAAAUGCACGCUUUAAAAUAGAGCGAGUGGAGCAGCAGGUCCUGAGAGCUGUUACAACUGGACCUUCCAGCAUCCUGCUGACCUGGAACUUAAUAAAAGAAGCCAAGGGCUAUCGACUGGAGUGGAGGAAAGAGGGAGAGAGCAGCAGAGUUCACAAACAGACCUUCCCCCAGAGUACCACAAGAUACGAGAUCAAAGGCCUUCAGCCGAGUACCGAUUACAUCAUAACUCUGUACACGCUGUACGACGGACGAGAGGAGCCCACACCAGCGUUGCCGCUGGUCGGUCGAGUCACCAACCUGCGAGUGGUGGAGAUAACAGGACGCAGUGUACGGGUGGCCUGGACCGGGGUCACCGGGGCAACACAGUACAACAUUGUUAUUACUGACACUGAGUCUGGGUCGGAGGUAAAACGCCUUGUUUAUGGAAAUCAGACGACGUUUGAUCUCCGUGACCUCACAGAAGGGGUGUCUUACUCUGUGAGUGUGAGUGCCUUGGUGGGCUACAGUGAGGGACCUUCUGCAACAAUCUACAUCACACCAGAGUUCCAGACAUCAGCGGUUCCAGGCAGGGUGACGAACCUGCGUGUGGUGAAUGUCAACAGUCGACGGAUCAGGAUCGCUUGGAAUCUGGUCCGUGAGGCCACGGGUUACAGAAUCACCUGGAGACAAGGAAAUAAUCCUGAGCAGUUCCAUGAGCUCAAUGGAGAUGUCACUUCCUACACUAUAGAACGUCUUCAGCCUGGUGAGUCUGUCAUUGUGGGCGUGGCUGCUAUGAUUGACAGUCAGCUCGGAGACGUGGAGACUCUCUCCACCAGGACAAACGGCUACAUCGGGACAGUCACAGGUCUACGGUUUCUUGAUAUCGGUUCCACAUGGAUUCGCUUAUCAUGGGAUCCUGUAUCUAGAGCAACGGGUUACAAAAUCACCUGGCAUCAUACUGAUGGAACUGAAGACUUUCAGAUCGUAUCUGCCGGUGUCACGUCCUACACCAUCAGCGGGUUAAAGCAAGGCUCCGCCUACAAAAUAUCUCUCUCUGCACUGAUUGGCUCCCGUGAGGGACCAGCUGCCACUCAGAACACCAGGACAGUUACAGAGGUCGGACGUGUUACUGGUGUACAACAUGAGACUCGAGGGGAGUUUGUGAGGAUCAGCUGGGUUGGAGUUCAGGGGGCAACAGCAUACAGGGUGAUCUGGAAGAGAUCUGACGGUGGACAAGAGUUGUCUCAGCUGGUUGGUGGCAAUAUAACAUCAGUGGAUCUGAAACAACUGGAAGGAGAAUCUCAGUACGACGUUCAGGUUGUGGCUCUGGUCCAAAACAGAGAAGGACCUCCGGUUUCUGUCAAGGUCACCACAGGUCCAGUGUAUGAGGAGCGACCAGAGGGAGUGCGUGUUGAAGAGGUAGCUCCAGGAUCACUGCGUAUCGUAUGGAGAGCAGUGAGAGGAGCUGAUGGAUACAGAAUCUACUGGAGCUCCUCACAAGGUGAAAGCGAAUCGAGUCAUCUGAUCAAUCGAGACGUGACCUCAUACACGCUGGAAGGACUUCGUCCUGGACUGACUUACACCGUCAGACUGGCUGCUGUGUUAAACGGCAGAGAAGGUCAACCGGUCACCAUCACUCAGUCCACUGCUUCACAGCAGUCUGUAACAGACUUCAGGGUGGAAGACAUUACCCAGAAUUCUGUACUGCUGGCGUGGAAGCCCCUCUCAGGUGCCACUCGAUAUAUACUGCGAUGGCAGGACGAAAGAGACCCAGAUAGCAUCCAGUCUCUCACUCUCCCUGAUACAACCAACUCGUUCCGUGUGACGAACCUGAGACUGGGCAGCCGGUACCGUUUCACCGUGCAGCCCGUCUUCUAUGAUUACACCGGACUCGAGUCUGUCGUGGAAGAGCGCACAGUGUGUGUGGAUGGGCGUUUGGACGUGGUUUUCGUGGUCCCUGCCACUCGGGAUCGCGCUGCUUUAGAGGAACCCAUUUUGUCGCUGCUUGCCAGCGCAGCCGGAUCUCUCGCCUCCGUCGGAGCCCGGGAAUCACAGGUGGCGGUGGUGGUCUACGGCGCUGAACCCAAAGUGCGCUUUCUGCUCAAUCAGCAUAGCAACAGGGAAAGCCUUCUGAGGGAGAUUUUGUCCACCUCAUUUACUGACAGAACAGGAAAUAAUAUAGGCCAGGCCAUGACGUUCACACGGCAGUAUCUCUUGAGUUCGAGUGCGGGUCGAAGGCCUGGCGUUCCGGGCGUGGUUGUUAUCAUCACUGACAGGAAAUCUGAAGACGAUGUCCGCCGUCCUGCGACUGCACUUAGAGAUUCGGGUGUGGCGGUGCUGGCCGUCGGACUCGGGCGUGCAAACUCGGACGAGCUGCUGGCUUCGGUUACAGACAGCAGCACUCAGAAUCUACUUCAGGCUCGAGAUGCAGCUGAUCUCUACAGACUCCAACCUGAGCUAGCAGAGCUGCUCUGCGGCUUCGCGAGAGGAACGGUUGUCCCGGGUCCAGGACCUGAAGGAUGUACUGUUCAAUGCCCACAGGGUCAGAAAGGGGAACUGGGGCAGAAGGGUGAGAGAGGAAGUGACGGAGUGCCUGGGAGGAAAGGAGACCCUGGUCGUGAUGGCACUCCUGGGCGUGAGGGCCCCAGGGGACCUGAGGGACCCAUUGGUUCUCCAGGAGCGUCGAUAAGAGGAGAAAAAGGAGAACCUGGGGUUUCAGGGCUGCAGGGGAAUCCAGGCGUUCCUGGUCGUUCAGGAACCCCCGGCGUUGCAGGACCUCCUGGCUUGCAGGGAUUACCAGGAGUCAGAGGAGACCUUGGAGAGACUGGUAGUGCUGGUUUGCCUGGACCUAAGGGACAGAAAGGUGAUCGGGGUGAGCCUGGAUCUGCCGUCGGAGUCGUGCCAGGGCGCAAAGGAGAGCCAGGGCUACCUGGGCUACAUGGUACUCCAGGACUACCAGGCAAAGAUGGGGCAAAGGGAGAGGCAGGUAUUCCGGGAUUGCCAGGAAAAGAUGGCCGCCCUGGAACACCGGGCACACCUGGGCUCUCGAUAAAGGUGAGCUGA